CUCAGCUGUUUUGAUUUGUCAUAGUCAAGUGUCAAGUCAGAAUGACAAGCAUAUGUCAAAACAAACAACGCUACAGUUGAAAGUUAAUAAUUUUAAUAAAAAAAUAAAUUUUAAGUAAUAAGUGAGCCAUGGCAGCUAUACUGGGUGGUGGCUUAGGAGGCCUUUCUACUGGUUACUAUUUACUUAAAAAUAAUAUGAGUGGUAACAAUAACCUAAAGUUAUUUCUUUUGGAAGCGACGAACUACUGCGGCGGUUGGAUUAAAUCUAUCCGAACUAAAGACUACGUGUUUGAACAAGGACCAAGAACUAUUAGGCCUAAAGGACUACCAGGACUAAAUACUUUGAAUAUGAUGCAGGAUCUUGGCCUUAGCGAACACAUUGCUGCGAUCAAAUCGGACCACCCGGCGGCUAAGAUUAGAAUGAUUUACGUUCGUAACAACUUACAUACUCUACCUUCAAAUCUAAUGAGUGUCUUCCUGAAGAGCCAGCCGUUUUCCAAACCCUUAAUUUAUGCUCUGUUCAAUGAUAUCAAAUCACCAUACAAAAUAUUACCAGAUGAUUCAAUAUACAAUUUCGUAGAAAGACGUUUUGGUAAAGAAAUCGCUGACUAUGCCAUAUCUCCAAUGAUAUGCGGAAUUUGUGCUGGCGAUGCGAAAGAAAUAUCUGUCAAGUUUCUGAUGAAAACUUUAUUUGAAUAUGAACAAAACCAUGGUGGAGUAGUCAAAGGAUUGUUCAAGUCCCUUUUUAAAUCAAAAUCUGAUGCUGACUUUUACCUUAGUGAGCUUGCAAAAAGAGCACAAGAAGAAAAGUGGAAUGUGUAUACUAUAAAGGGAGGCUUGGAAACAUUUCCUGAUAAACUACAGAAUCAUUUGGUUGAAAAUAAUGUAUCUAUUAGUCUUAAUACAAAAGUUAAUGAAAUUGAAUUUGUAGAUUCCAGUUCUGUGAUAUUGAAGAAAGCAAAUGGAGAAAGUUUAACAGCCAACCACAUUUACUCUUCUAUACCUGCUUAUGCUCUUGCUAAUUUAGUGGAGAAACAACAUCCUAGAUUGGCUAAGACUCUAAGUGACAUUCCAUUUGUUACAGUAGGCAUAGUGAACUUAUAUUUUGACAAGGAUGAGCCUCUAAUUCAACCUGCUUUUGGAUUCCUCGUACCACCGAUUGAGAACUCUCCCAUUCUUGGGGUAGUGUUUGAUUCUUGUUGUAUACCCGAUCAAAGAGGAACAGUGUUAACUGUUAUGCUGGGUGGUAAAUGGUUCAAGGAAAAGUUUGGAGACAAUGCCACUGAGAAGAUGUUGUUAGAAGUAGCCUUGAAGGAAAUAGUGAAGAUAUUGAAUAUAAAAAUUGAUCCUACUGCUUUUCAUGUGAACAUUCUGAAACAAUGCAUACCUCAGUAUGUGAUAGGUCACUAUGAGAGAGUGGCAAAGAUUCGAGAGUAUAUUGCCUCAAAUAACUUACCAAUAUCCCUAGUCGGCUGUAGUUACGAUGGUGUAGGUAUAAAUGACGUCAUAUAUUCAGCUAAGAAACAAGUUGAGGAAAAUCCAUGUCUAUAGUAUAAGCAUCUUAUCAAAUACUUUGGGAUAGCUAAGUAAAU